CAGCCACACUACAAAUCCCGAAAAUGAAAGUGUUUAGUUUACCAAGCCUUCUGGUCUGCAUCUUCGGUGUCAUCUUGUUCAACGCGAAAGGCAGUGAACAGUUCGCAGUGGGUGCUAGUCAAGAAUCUGAUGUUGCGCAAGGAGGCGAAAGAGCAGCCUGUGAGGGCAGUAUGGGUCCAGCCAAUAUGUGCCUGAAGGUAAAAAAAGUGUGUUACUGUUACGUGAAAACGCAGCUAUCUUGGCAAAAAGCAAACGAUUACUGUAAUACCUAUGACAUGAAGCUACUGAGCAUCGAAACGCAAUCUGUGCAAAAUGACGUUUCAGAUAUUUUGAUGCCUCUCGUAUUAGGCUAUCCUAUUUCAAAGCAGAUUGGAGUCUGGACGUCAGGAGCUUACAAUACUGGACAAAAGGGUUUCGCCUGGUUAGAGCCGUUCACUUUCGUCAACUGGUUUUAUGGUGAGCCCAAUACCGGCAUUUCUAACCCAUGUGUUCGUAUUGUCCCGGAAUCGAUGUCCGACGCUAAAUGGGCUACAUUGGAUUGCGACCAGUGGUUGCCAUUUAUUUGUGAGAAAAAUUAGACUUGUCAGCAUAGAAGCCCGAAUAAGAAAAGAAAACACGCAAAGCUUGUGUGAAACCACUUUUGAAAAAAAAGUGAUUGUUUCUAUACGCAAUGGUGGCUUUUUCUUAAAUUAUUGUCAUGUCAAAAGGUAAUACAACAGAAUGGAAAAGACUCAUUGAUUUUAUCUCCAUUUUUAAAGUGAGAAAAAAAAAUGGAUCUUAACAGACUGACUUGACUUCACAUCGACGUCAAUUUAGUUUAAAAAUCAAUGGUAACCAAUACAUCUCAGAAUUGGGUUGAAUGAAGACGACGGCAAAGGGGAUAACCAAAUAUGUAACAUAAUAAUUAUUUCUUGACUUGAAUCAAAAACAUUCCUACGCAGAUUUCAACUACAAGACUAAGACGUCUCAGACUAAUAAGGACAGAAAAAGAACGGUGAGAAAAAACAAGUUAAAGGUUGUUAAAGGUUUUAAAAUAAAAAAUAGGACUCGACCGUUUCCUGGGUGCGGCUAACUUGUUAAUUGGAAAAGAACUAUAAUCGUGGAGCUCAAGUCACGUGGAACUCAAGUCUUCUAGAAUGACCUUUCUAAUUAAAUAUAAAUAAAAUUUUGAUUUUGUUGCAAUAGCCUUCAUGGGGGCGGAGAGUUAUACGGCAAUUUCACAAUACCGGGUAUGAAAAUAUGGGCAAAUUAAUGAUAGUGGGCUCUAACACGACUUGCCCUUCGUCCUUGGAAGAUGCAAUGACAUAAGAAAGCUUCUUCUCCAAAAAAGAAAGUGGGCUUAUCAUAAACAACUUAAAAUAAGAAUCAUGACAAUGUAGCCUUGAGUAAUGGAUAGUAUGU